UUUCACAUCACAAAAUAAAAUAAAACUGAAAAUGGAAGAAAAACCGUCGUUUUUUCAAAGGUUAAAACUUCAUAUUAUUUAUUAUCUAAAUGUUGCGACGCCUCAUGGACUCGUACAUAUUGUAAGACCCAAUCGAUCAAGUUUUGAAAAGAUAUUCUGGAUUAUCUGCAUGAUUCUUGUAUCAAUUCCGUGUGUUAUCAUUGGAAAACAAGCAUGGAAUCGUUAUCGAUACAAUCCAACCGUGACAGGAAUAUUAAGAGAUCAGCAACUUUGGUUGCAUACUUUUCCAUGCGUUACCAUUUGUCCAACAUCGUUAAAUCCUGAUAGUGACUUUAUAAUGGAAGUUGUCUAUGAAUAUUUCGGCAAUAAAAGUUAUCAUGUUCAUCAAAUCAACGACACAGACGAAAUUGAAGAAAAAUACGUCGCUGGUAAUCAAAGUUUAAUACAAAGCUUUGUAAAUUCGUUAAUUUUUGGUAAUUUCUCGACAUAUAAACAACUUGGAAAGUAUAAAAGUGAUUUUGACAAGAUUAACUCUCAUGAAUAUCUUGAAUUGAACGAUUUAAUUACUUCGAAGAUUAGUAAAGAUUUUGGACAUUGGAAUGCAACUCGAACAAUCACAGAAUUCGGUGUUUGUUACUCACUGAACUCUAUUCUGGCAAAAUAUUCAACUGUAAAGAAGUGGAGAAACAAAGAUAUGUCAUUCGUUAAAAAUUACAAAGUACAAACAUACGCUCAGACAGAAGAAGAGCCGAUUUUAUCCCUAAAUGACAUUGUAAUGGAAGCUAAUAUAUACUUUCAUUCGUACAAUGAGAUCCCAACACUUUUGCAAAAGUCUCUGCAUUUGCCGCAGAAUUACCGAAUGUGGAUAGAAGUGAAUUCUGAGAAACAUGCAUCAGCCGAAGACAUUCGUAGUCUGUCAAUUGAACAGCGCCAUUGUCGCUUCACAGAUGAAAGCGAUAAUCUGCGUUAUUCUCCUGUGUAUUCGUAUAAUUUAUGUCGUCUUGAGUGUAGAAUGAGGCUAGCGCUCAAAUUGUGUAAAUGUUUCCCGUUUUACUAUCGCAGUUUAUAUGGUGAACCAAUCUGCACAUUGGAUGAGAUGAUGUGUUUUUCUGAUUAUGAUUAUGAACUUAUUCAUUUGGUGAAUCGUACAACUCGUCAGUCAUUAUGUGGCAUGUGUGAUGCUAAUUGUGAAGCAGAAAUUAUCAAAAUUGAGAGUGUGAACAUUGUUGAUUGGAUGUUUGAUUCUGUUUUGGGUGUUGUGUUGCAGUUUGAUUCGGAAAUUCGUCUGCAAAGAGUUGUUAUCUUUUCAGAGACCGAUUUUCUGGUACAAGUAGGAGGAUUGUUUGGAUUGGCUUACGGUAUUGGUAUUCUUAGCGUUGUUGAAUUAUUCUAUUUUUGCACAUUGCGUUUCUUCUGGGGUGUCAUAUUAACACGUAUUCAAAAGUAAUUUUAAAAAUAUGUUUAAGAAGAUUAAUCCAAGUAAGCAACUUAAAAAAACAGAAGGUUUGGUGUUUGUAGAAAAAUGCAAGGGUUAGUUUCUUGAUCGGUAGCCACAAAAUUAAUAACAAACUUAAAUAUCAAGCUAGGCAUCUCAAUACACCCAAGAAUAAUCUUGGGUAUAGAAAUAAUUCUAGUAGUUUUAAAUAGAUGGCGUACACAAGUACUGAGUACUUGUCCAAGUGGCAGAAAAGAGAACUAUGAGCUGUGUUUAUAAUUGUGUAUCAUGAUACUACGAAAUAGCCUGUACCCACGAACCUAUACCCUUUGGACUCCUUAUCGUAUACUAUUGGAACUGUCACUAAUCUUAUUGAUAAAUAAGAUUAAGAUAAUGGCUAAACGGUAAACUCAAAUACUUGUCCUAUGUUACUGAAAAUAAUACAAUAUUACCAAGUUUGGAUAUUUACCUGAUUAUAAUAAAAUAUUUACCCAGCA